AUGCCUGCAAACGACAAGUACUACAAGGCAAGUACACUCGGUAUCGGCAAGGAUGCCACGGCCGCAGAGAUUAAAAAGGCGUACCGCACCCAGUCACUGAAGAACCACCCGGACAAGGGUGGAUCAGAGGAAAAGUUCAAGGAGGUCUCUGAAGCCUACGAGGUUCUUUCCGACCCGGACAAGCGCGCUGUCUACGACCAGUUUGGCGAGGACGGCCUCAAGGGCGGCGGCCCUCCCGGCGGCGGCGGCGGCUUUGGCGCUGGCGGCUUCCCCGGUGCUGGCGGCGGCGGAGGUGGCUACUCGUUCCACGCGACCGACCCCAACGACAUUUUCAACGCCUUCUUCUCGUCCAUGGGCGGCGGCGGCGGCGGCAUGGGUCACGACGACCCGUACGCGUCGUUUGGCGGCGGCGGCGGCGGUCCCCGCAUGCGCUCGUCGCGCGGUGGCAUGGGCGGUAUGGGUGGCAUGGGUGGCAUGGGCGGCAUGGGCGGUGGCAUGCCUGGCGGUUUCGGCGGCGAGCCGUCAGCGCCUCCUCCUCCCCCCGGAGAGGUUGUCAAGCCCCUCGCCCUCACGCUCGAGGAGCUGUACAAGGGCGGCACGAAGCGUCUCAAGAUUACGCGCCACCUGCGCACCGGCGGCACCGAGGAGAAGAUCCUCGAGGUGGCGUACAAGGCCGGCUGGAAGAAGGGCACCAAAAUCAAGUUUGCCGGCGCCGGAAACGAGGACGAGUACGGACAGGCCCAGACGGUGACGUUUGUCGUCGAGGAGAAGCCCAACCCCCGCUUUGAGCGCGAUGGCGACGACCUCAUUGUCAAGGUCAACAUCACCUUGUCGCAGGCCCUGCUGGGCCCCGACGGCGGCGGCUCCAUCACAAAGGAGAUUGACCAGCUCGACGGCCGCAGGAUAAACGUCACGCUGCCCCCCGGACAGAUUGUCCAGCCCGGCCACGAGACCCGCGUCACUGGCGAGGGCAUGCCCGUGUCCAAGGCCGGCUCGGUGAAGAAGAAGGGCGACAUGCUCGUCAAGUGGAACGUCGUCUUCCCCAACUCCAUCACCCCGGCCCAAAAGGAGGCUCUCCGCAAGGUCCUCGGUUAG